AUGGAGUUCCAAGCUCCGAUUUAUACACUGGACAAGGUGGCUAUGAGUGAGGCUCUAGUACAAGUGAGGAUCAGUCUCCUGCAGGUAUGGUGGAAGGUGUUGUUCUUUCCUUCUGUAUGGCCCCUGAGUUGGUGUGCUGAAUUCAAAAGCCUUCCAGAAGUAGUGAUACCCUUGAGGGUAGCUGUCUCUAGUAGAGACAUGAGUCUUGCAGGCUGGAAGUCCUAUAGACUUCAUGUUGGAGGCCAGAGACACAUUAUCUCCAUGAAGCCCAAGAACUUUUUGGUAUCCAGACAUCUCUCUGUCUUCACCUACAGUGACCAAGGAGUCCUCUUUGAGGACCAACCUUUUGUCCAGAAUGACUGUUACUACCUUGGUUUUGUAGAAGGGGACCCAGAAUCCGUGGUUGCUCUUACCACCUGUUUUGGGGGCUUGCAAGGAACAUUACAGAUAAAUGAUACCACUUAUGAAAUUAAACCCAAGAGCCCUUCUUCCACAUUUGAACAUCUGGUUUACAAGAUAGACAAUGACAAAGCUCAAUUACCAUCCAUGAGAUGUGGAUUACCAGAUGAAGAAAGAGCAGGGCAAGCAAGACUUCAAGAGGAUGAUGACUCUCCUGUAGCACAAAUUGUCUAUGGGGAUUGGUGGACUCACAGACUGCAUAUUGAACUGGCAUUGGUUAUAGACCAUAGACAAUUCCUCCAUCGAAGACGUAAUGUUUCUCUUGUGAUACAAGAUGUAUUCAUGAUCAUGAGUGGACUAAAUUUCUUCUUAUUUCCAGCUGAUAUUAACGUGGAUUUACUAGGACUGGAAAUCUGGAAUAAUAAAAACCCCAUACCAGUGAAAAAUAUAUAUACUCUCUUGCCAGCAUUUUGUAAGUGGAAGAGAGAAAACCUUGAUUCUUACAUACCACAUGACAUUGCACAUCUCCUUGUGAAUUAUAAUUUUAGUAACUAUUUUGGCAUAGCCUAUGUUGGAACAAUAUGUAAUAAGACAUUUGGUUGUGGUGUUGAGAGUCUCUUGGAAGAGAAUUUCUUCACCUUUGGACAUAUUGUGGCACAUGAGAUAGGUCAUAAUUUGGGCAUGCCCCACGAUGGGAUAUUUUGUACAUGUGGAACAGAACCAUGUGUGAUGUCUGCUACAAUGGAAAGAUCCACAAAAUUCAGCAACUGUAGUUAUGCUGUGUUGUGGGAAAACACAGCCAGAACAAACUGUUUGCACAAUAAGCCCAACCCUUCGGCUGUCGUCCCAUUUAAGUUCUGUGGGAACAGGGUGGUUGAUCAAGGUGAGGAGUGUGACUGUGGAUCCCCGGAAGAUUGUAAAUAUAGUCUCUGUUGUCUGCCUAGCUGUACUCUCAAGGCUGAAGCUUACUGUGCCACUGGGCUAUGCUGCAGCAACCUGUGCCAAAUCCUGCCAUCUGGCACUCUGUGUAGAAUUCCGGAGAAUGAAUGUGACCUUCCAGAAUGGUGUAAUGGAACUUCAGAUGAGUGCCCUGAAGAUGUUUUUAUGCAGGAUGGGAGCUCUUGUACUAAUGGUGGCUACUGCUAUGAAAAAAGAUGUAACAGCCAUGAUCAGCAGUGCCAGAGAGUUUUUGGCCAGAAUGCCAGGAAAGCAUCUGAUAGUUGCUACCAGGAACUCAAUACUUACGGUGAUCGUUUUGGUAACUGUGGAAUCAUGGACAAUGUAUACGUGAAAUGUAAUAGUUCAGAUAUCCUCUGUGGAAGAGUUCAGUGUAGCGAAGUAAAAAAGCUUCCCUUUUGGAGGAGUCACUAUACUGCACACUGGACUCAUUUCAAUGGAGUCAGCUGCUGGAGCAUUGACUACCAUUUUGGGAUGACCAUCCCUGACCUGGGGGACAUAAAAGAUGGCACAAGCUGUGGUCCAGAGCAUGUGUGCAUUAACAGAAAGUGCGUUAGUAAGUCACUUUGGAGAAGUGAUUGUUCACCAGAGACCUGCAGCAAGAAUGGAGUCUGCAAUAAUAAACAUCACUGCCAUUGCAACCCUGGCUGGAGCCCACCACACUGCCUGGUAAAUGGCACUGGAGGGAGUAUUGACAGUGGUCCACCUCCUGGAAGUUUUAAUAUCCUUUCUUUGCUCUAUGUAUUAGCAUUUUGA